CGGAAGUGUUUUUCUGUUUCACGCUGUUGAGGAACCCCGCAGAUCACAGACACAUUAGCUGCUUCCUCUUGGAGUCUGCAGGUAAACAACUCUCAGAAUCUGUGGAGGCAGGAUAUCAUUCAGAGACAAUAUACCAGAGAUGAAAAAACAAGACAGUGAUGAGUCUGCCGUCCAGGGGGUUGAGGAUUCUCCACCCACAGCGGGAGGGACAGAGUCACCCACGGCGGCAAAAGACAGCUCAGACAGCAACAGCCCCAAAGAGUCGGAACCACAGACGCCACAGACAGACACACCUCCACAGACAGACACGCCUCCACAAGUUGAAGAGGCUGCAACUGAAGUUGCAGAAGCAACACUGUCUCGGAGUGACAUGGCCGAGCAGCUGAGCCGGCAGCUAGAAAACAUCCUCAGUACCUACUGCAGAGAGGCCAGCACUCUACCUAAUGGCCAAUCACACAGUCCAGAGCUCAACGGUCUGACUGGCGAGAAGGAAGGCGACACGGCAGAGAAGGGCAAAGUCAAUGGAGGUCACAGUGGGAUGGAGAAGGAGCCGAAGAAGACACAGGACAAGAAGAAAGUGAAGGGUCUGGGUAAAGAGAUCACCCUCCUGAUGCAGACCCUGAACACACUGAGCACACCCGAGGAAAAGCUUACAGGACUCUGUAAGAAGUAUGCGGAACUGCUGGAAGAGCACCGCAACACCCAGAAACAGAUGAGAGUGCUGCAGAAGAAGCAAAACCAGGUGGUCCAGGACAAAGACAACCUGAGGAACGAACACAGCAAGGCCAUCCUGGCUCGCAGCAAACUGGAGAGUCUGUGCAGGGAGCUGCAGAGACACAACCGCACACUUAAGGAGGAAGGGGUGCAAAGAACGCGGGUGGAGGAGGAGAAAAGGAAGGAGGUGACCUCUCACUUCCAGGUGACGCUGAACGACAUCCAGUCUCAGAUGGAGCAGCACAACGAAAGAAAUGCCAGCCUGCGACAGGAGAACACUGAGCUCGCUGAGAAACUGAAGAAGCUGUAUGACCAGUACAAACUGCGGGAGGAGCACAUCGACAAAGUGGUGAAGCACAAAGACCUGCAGCAGCAGCUGGUGGACGCCAAACUGCACCAGGCUCAGGAGCUGCUGAAGGAGUCGGAGGAACGCCACGACAGAGAGAAAGACUUUCUGCUGAAAGAAGCCGUGGAGUCUCAGAGGAUGUGUGAGCUGAUGAAGCAGCAGGAAGUUCACCUCAAACAGCAGCUGUCACUGUACACGGAGAAGUUUGAAGAGUUCCAGACGACUUUGUCCAAGAGCAACGAGGUCUUCACCACAUUCAAACAGGAGAUGGAGAAGAUGACUAAAAAGAUCAAGAAGCUGGAGAAGGAGACGGCCAUGUAUCGCUCCAGGUGGGAGAGCAGCAACAAGGCUCUUGUGGAGAUGUCAGAGGAGAAAUCUACGCGGGACCGGGAGUUCGAUGCUCUUCAGGGUAAAGUGCAGCGGCUGGAGAAGCUGCGGCGGGCACUCAAAGUCGAACGGAACGACCUCAACAAGAAGGUCCAGAACCUGAGCAGUCAGCAAGAGGGCCCAACAGCAACCCCCACCUCUGACCCAGGGACUGACUCCCCUUCUCCGACACCCACAGACUCUCUGCUGGAGCCCAGCACCUGUCCUGUCCCAGAAGCCGCCCCCUGCUCCCACUUAUGCCAUUGUGAUCCAGAACCGGACACACACCCGCUACCGGAGGAGGUGAACGCUCAGCCAAUCAGCACGCAGGAAUGAGGCAAAGCUGCUCACACCACUCCUCGCUCCCCUUCCCUGCAACCAGCCACCAGCCUGCAAGCCGAUACUCCUCCGCUGAAAGAAACUGAUCAAAUCUGGUCCGUGGGCCAGUGAUCAGAAACUCGCAGCUUUAUGUAAUUUAGGCAGAAAAUCUGAUCAACAUUUAAAAGAAGGAUUCAAACGUUAACGCCCCGUGUCCUGUUCAUGCUUUACAGAGUGAUGAGAAGAUUGUGCCUCAUCUGUCAGCACAUUUACAUGCACAUUAUAAAUCAGUUACUGUGAAUAGCCCGACUAUGCUUUGCAAAAAGUCCAUUUCCCAGUAUGAGAUUUUCUAAUGGUUCAAUCAUGAGUCAGUUCAUUUCCUAUUUCUAAUCAAGUACGUGUUCUUUCAGUUUGAGAGCAGGACUUAUUGAUUUCAUAUUUAGAUUUGGUCUCUCACUCGAAACCCUGCGCUCGCACUCAAACACACUCUGCUUGUGCUUGGAUUUCCAGAGCUCCAGCUUCAGCUCUCCUCGUGCUCACGCUGCUACUGUUUGCAGGUGAAACCACUGCUCUCUGAUUUCUCCUCUGCGCUCAGAUUUUUUUGUGCAACUAGUCUGUCAAGAGUCCACAUCCAAUAGAAAGGCAGGUGUUGUGACGACUGGUGAAAUUGCCCCAACCUCAUUUUGGUGACAUAAGCAGUGGCUGCCGUUCUCAUGUUUACCAGUGGGGGCAGGCCACAGGUCGGUGUCUAUUUGUGUUUUAUCGUUGCUACAAACACCGUAAUGGUAAAACUUAAAGAAUGAAGGCGGUGUUGAUUUUCUUCAAGCGCAACAAUGUGAGCCAUGAAGGGCAGGAGUGCCUGAGCCCAGUCUAUUAUGCUCGUACAAUUUUGACCUUUGUCUUUUAAGACCACCCUUCACAGGAUAGAUUAUUAGUGUGUGUGUAAAUGUACUGACUCCUCUGCGUUGUGCUGUUUUACGACACAUUCCCUUUAUGACUCACAUCACACAUUGAGCUGCUCCACAAGAUUAAUAACAGUGCUGCUUCGGAUGACGCAAGCCUAACGGGUUCACAGCAAGAACAGCCAUCAAGGGUGAAAUGAUGUGUGUGUGUCCCUGUGCGUGCAGGUCCAUUCAGUGUCUCAUUUGCAUCAUGAGUGAUAAUUUCCUUGAAGCCAACUUAAGUAGAGUAACUUAGAGUAACAAAUAAUGUCUGUACGCCGCUUAAAAAACUUUUGAGUUUUCAUUUCUUGCUGGUAAUCCAUUUUAGGGAACAGUUCUUUUGUGUAUUUUCUCUUGUUUCGUCACACUGCUCCAUUUACGGUGUUGGAUUUUUGUGGUCUGUAUUUAUUGUUUCAAGCAUAAUAAGAUAUUGAAAUGUAUGUUAUUCUUACAGAGCACCAUUGUAAAAUAGAAAUGGGUUUAUUUUCUAAUCAUUUAGACAAGUUUAUAAAAACUGCAUUUUGUUUUCUAUGUUUCAUUCCAAUCCUUUCCGGGUUAAUUUACCCUCUAUUUAGUUUGAGAUGUCUUUUCACUCUUAAAGACCUUGUAAACACGACCACUUCAGACUUGUUUAAUUCCCGUCUUUAUGUGUUUGUGGUUGGUUGGGUCGGUUAUGUGGCUUCAUGGCUAAGAUUGUCUCCUCCCAGCCCCGGUAAUUGCAGUAGCUUGUUAUCAGGUUUUAACCAGUGAAUGUUCAAGGACCUCUAUGCAAUGAUUGCCUUUUGGUUUUAUUCUAUGGCAGUUUGAACUGACAAGCACUUAGCUAAGAAUGUAUAUUCAUAAUAUCCACUGUCCUGCAUGGAUGUACUGUAUAAACAGACAACAGAAUCUCACACUAUCUUUGUUUCUAAUUUCGAAGCCAGGAAUAAGGAGGAAAGAAUUUCUGAAUUAUAGUUUUCACUCUCAAACUUUCCAAAUUUUCUCAUGUAAUAUUUAACAUGUCUCGUUGUUAAAAUGUGAUCACUGAUAGAAUCUGUCAUUUUCAAUUGAAAUAGAAACGACAAACCUUAUUUCUUCCACCAUUCCAUUGGAUUAUCAUUGUAUCUCCAGUCCUGUGCUGGAGAUGAAGGCUCAUUGAACACGUGAAGGAACCAAAGAUGCUUCCUCUUUUUGUCUUUUGCAGUACUUUUAUCUGGCUGUGUCUAUUUUGGUCCUUGUUAAAUAAAAGAUGUAAUAGUG